CUAUAGCGAAGGUUCACGUGUAUGGCAAUGGACAAGCCGAAGCGAUGCAUGACACUUUACCUCAGGAUAUCUCGGUUAUUGAGCUAAACUGCUCUUUUUAAACUUCUAGAAGAAUAGUGCGGUGAAUUUAGGUCGGUGAAUGAGAACAAAUACGAGAUUUUAGCAAGGUUUUAUUGCUUUGUUUUGCAUAUACUGAUACAUUUUCUGCAAAAAGCUCCAUUAUAAAGCUCUAAUAUUCAGGAUGCAAACAAGAGAGUUGUUCGUUUCAGCACCAGGGAAAGUAAUUCUCCACGGUGAGCAUUCUGUCGUGCAUGGAAAGGUUGCAUUGGCUGUGAGUUUGAAUUUGCGCACAUUCCUGCGGCUGCAGUCCACAUCAUCCGGUGAAGUGCGCAUUAACCUCCCCAAUAUUGACACUUUCCUGUCCUGGGAAAUAACUGCACUGCAGCCUCUUCUGGCUGGAUGUAAAGCAGAGCAGGGAGACCUGAAGGAACUUGACGCAGAUCUUUUGAAGAGACUACGUGAAUUCACGGGCAUUUCAGAUGAUUCCACAGACACAAGAAGCAUGGCAGUGUUGGCUUUCCUCUACAUGUACCUGACUGUUUUUGCAGAAGAUCUGGCCAGUAUCACAGUGUCUGUGUGGUCAGAGUUGCCCACAGGAGCUGGUUUAGGCUCCAGUGCUGCCUAUAAUGUUUGCCUGUCUGCCGCUCUGCUGUCUGCCAGAGGGACCAUAUCAUCUCCUCUUACGCCACAGCAGGAGUCAGCCAGAUGGUGUAAAGAUGAGAUGGAGCUGAUUAACAGGUGGGCGUUCAUGGGCGAGAAGAUCAUCCAUGGUAACCCUUCAGGGGUGGAUAAUGCUGUGGGCACAUGGGGUGGCUUUUUAAGAUACCAUGCUGGGAAUAUAACUCCACUAAGCUGGGUCCCCAUUCUGAGAAUCCUUCUCACUAACACCAAAGUACCACGUAGCACCAAAGUGCUUGUUUCUGGAGUGAAGGACAAAAUUAACAAGUUUCCCUCCGUAAUGAAGCCGGUUCUGGAGUCUGUCAGCGCUGUGUCCUGCACCUGUGAACAGACUCUCACAGAGAUGGCCGCACACGGACCUUCAGCUGAGCACUACAACAUACUAGAGGAGCUGAUUGAUAUAAACCAGCACCAUCUGAAUGUGAUGGGUGUGGGUCACUCAUCCCUGGACACACUGUGUAGGGUCACUCUGGCCAGGGGGCUGCACAGCAAACUGACCGGGGCAGGAGGAGGAGGCUGUGGAAUCACUCUCCUACGACCAGCUUGGAUUUGUCCUGCAGUCACCUUGGCUUUAAAUUAUGUGUGCAAAUGACCUGCGGUGGGCCCUGACCGUGCCGGCGCUUCGCCUUCCUGUCUGCCCACUCGGCUGCUGUAAUUAGAGCUGUGCAGGUAGGAGUGUUCAGAUUUCAUCUGCUGAAUUCCUGAUAAUAUCUAAUAAUCUGAAAGCGUUUUAAAAUUGGUCUCUCGUGCUCAUGCAUUAUGCAUGAGCUGCUGAUUGCUUUUUUGCAUAGAUUAGCAAUCAUUUUACAGAUAUGUUUUAAGAGGGAAAAAUGCUCUGUGAGACGUUCAUAAGGACGUAGAGACUUUAGGUUUUGCAUUGGCUUGCAUUUGAGAUGCUAGUUACAGGUAAUUUAGGUCCCUCUCUCGCUCUCUCUUUCUCGCCUCCUGAUUUCUGCCUCCAUGCACAUCAUCAGCAGAGGAAUGUCUCUAAUUUCUUGUCCUCUUUUCUCUUGAUUACUCACUUGUUGAGCAUCCAGGCAUCUGCACAGCUCGCCGUGUCCUGCGCUGUUUCCCAGACUUCUAGUGCUGUUGAGCAAUCAGCACACAUUAGUCAUCAGGAGGCACCGUCAUCUGCAUAUAUGUGAGGCUCAUUUCGCCAUCAAAUGCUUAAGAAGAGUGACCUCUCCCUGUGCUCGGCAUGGAUCGGCAUGAAACAGAAGGUGCGGGUAUGGUCUAAUGAGCGGGAAAACGAAGCCGUAACCUGGCCUCCGCCAUGCGUCCCAGGUGAGCUGUACUGCCUCCGUCUCCCCGGCAGCCAUUUGACCUGCUCGCCGUUGGGUGCAUUCAUCUAUAUUAAUGCUUGAGGUGUUAAAUGCUCCGAGUCACCUUGGACUUCAAUUGCUGUCAGGAGGAAAGGUGCUCUGACAUGACAGUGAUAUUCUGUAAUGAGAAAAAAUGUUCCAUGGAGCUUUCAAGUGGAUUUAAGAACGUUUCUUAACGCAGUGUGUCACAAUAUGAGUGACACGCAGUGAGCCGCACAGGAACUGAAACCUAGCACAGCACAAUACGGACUCUUAAAGGAGCGAGCUGUCUUUUUUUUUUUCCAGUUGAAAAACAAAGGGAAUCAAUAUGAUUUUUGACAAAUAUGUAUAAAAUGUUGUAAACACA